AUGGCCCCGUCACAGGGGAGUCCUCGCAAACUCAGAUCAAGCACCAGUGUCGUCGUUAAAGGAAAGAAAACCACCAGUAACUCAGUUCCUCACCAUCGCCCCUCAGACCAGCGAGUGUCCAAUACGGCUGGGGAAAUAUCACAGCUGAUAGCCAACAGCCGCACGGGCAUAUGGAAGCCAUCCGCCGAGCUCAAAGUUGUACACUUGCAAGGAAUUUUGAAACAUUACAAAGUCCCAAAGGUUGCUAGCGCCCGCCGCCCAUUCUUAGUCGAGAGAUACAAACUAUUAGUCGACGAGAACACUCAAUCUCCCCCUGAUCGCAAAGGUGUGGCUGUUCCUCUCGCCCAAGUCGACAACAACCAACGGUCCAAAAAAAAUCGCAAAAAAGUAGCAAGUGAUGAUCAUGAAAAUCGCCUGCCACUAUCAAAGCCACGCAAAGGAAAUCGCUCCCGCCCUCAGGUUGUUGCUUCAAAUCUUCAAACGCGCGACACCUCACCUGAAACACCCUAUGAAGUUGAUCAGCUGGAAUCAAGGUCUGAUUUCAUCCAAGACGGUCACGAAUCAUCCAGCGACGAUGUGCCCUUGGCCAGCUUGCCAAGACCUCUCACAAUACCCAACCACAGCGAUCACAUCCGCCCUCAGACGACUGAUCCGGACCUUACAAAACAUAAGUCAUUACCUCAUCUUCGUAACGAAGAUGGCCGACUCAAUCCAAGGCCUCAAUUCAAUCAAGAUCUAGACGAAACUUCCAGCGACAAUGUGCCCUUAGCUACCACUUCAAGACCUUCCAUAAGAUACGACACAAUCAAUCAUGGGGAAAAUGACAUCUCACAGUCAAAGGACGAUUUACCCUUGGCUAGCGUGCUACGACCGACAUCCAGAUCCAAUCCUCUCUCUAAUUCGAACGAUGCCUUGACCAAUGACAUACCCUCGCGCCAUUCACCUAAUCGACUGCUUGAUCCUGCCGUUUUAAAUGACUCACUUGGCGCCACCACCAAUCUUCCUGAAGCCAAAGACACACUUGUCAAUCAACUAGAUGUCCGGGGUUGCAACAGAACCUUAUUGUUGCCUAGCGCUUCAGGAGUUACCAUUAGUACUUCAGAAGUUGCCAUUAGUGAUUCUGGUACUCUGUCCACCAAUAGUAAGGCUUUUUCUCACUUCAAAGUGUUCUUGAGCAGACCUGGUGUGAACGUGCUUGGUAAACGCAAACGGGUAGCUGAUUCGUCAAUGAUUCUGGAUGUUGAUAAGAUAUCGCUCCGAGAAAUGAAAGCCAUACUGAGCUCGAAGGCAAUUCCGGGCAGUCUCGCUCACCGGGAAGAAGACAUACUGGCCAAUUACUUAGACUUAUGCUCUCGAUACCAUGAUCAAAUUUUCCGCAAGUUUCGCAGGCUCGGCAAUUCUUGGCCAAGCCAAAAUUCGACCCGAGUUGCAGCACCCGGCAGAUCAACCACAUCCGCAAAACAUAUUCAAGGCCCACCCACGUCCGCAAUACAUGUUCAAGGAACAGCCACGUCCGCAACACAUGUUCAGGGCACACCCCCGCUUGUCAUCCCAAUCCAAUCUGCUUCAGCGUGGUCUGUGGAUCAAAACCAUCCAUCCAUGGAGCCACCACGUCCGAUUGGUCAAUCGAACAUACAAGCCUCUGAGGCAGGGGAUUUGACAGCGGAUUUGAAAGGUUGUAAACGCAGUCGAUCUCCUCCGGCACCCCGAUCUCAGAGACAAAUGCACAGCACAUCAAGUUUGAUGGGCCUGCAUGCCAGCGAAUUGACACCAAGUCAGUUGAAAGAAAUCUUGGACAAUCAUCAGAUAUCUUACCAUCCAAGCGAUCGCCUUGCUAGGAUCGUCAACAAAUACAACGAGUUGCUUUCAUCUGUGGAGCUAGAAACUCAGCAAAAAGUACGCCGCAAACAAAAUCAACGCGUGACUAGGUAUUCUCGCCCAAGAACCGCAACGAAGGAGCAUUCGAGGCCCGGAAAUUGUGAAGCGAAUGACACACAACGUGAGGAGGUAUACAUCGAAGACAUCUCACCCAUCUAUCACAACAACGUGGAAGGCGCAGUGGACACAAACCAACCGGUCCUUCCUGUCCCAUCCGCCCUCUCUCCUAACCGGUCAUCACAUGGAGGCUCAGCCUACCCCUGCCUGGCAGCCGGCAGGCGUCCGGACCCACCCCGAGGCCUCGGCAGCCAGAUCAGAACCUCCGCUCCCAAACCGCAAGCUUUUUGGGAACGGCUGUAUAUACCCAGUGGGGACUAUCGACCUCCGUUCCGCAAUGACCCUCUCGUCUUCAGUGAUCCCCCCAAAUUCCACCAUCAAAACUUCAAUUAUCCUCACCAAAACUGCGAUUCUCUGCACCAAUACUUCCCUCCUGAUGAAGAUAUGACUGUUGACGAUAACCCGCAAUUCGCGUUUCAGAGUGAAGAUUCGCCCAUUCCUAACAACCACUCUUUUGGUCAAGGAUGCCCCCGCCAAAAGCAAGACUUCGCUGUUGACAACGGAAAACUUCCUGUGGAUGCAGCUGGAAAAGAAGAAGCGCUUUCUCGUAUCCUCAGUUCAUUUCACCACACCGACGAUUCUUUCGGGCAAGAACCUCCUGAUGAAAGCCAAAACUCAUCAGUUGACGAUCAAGAAUGUUUUGUAGAAAACAACGAACCGUUUGUCAACGAUCAAGAAUGUUUUGUAGAAAACAACGAACCGUUUGUCAACGAUCAAGAAUGUCCUGAUGGAAACGAAUAUCCUCUUGUCGAUGAUCAAGAUGAUCCUGAUGAAAGCAAAAAUUCAUCAGUUGACGAACAAGAAUGUUUUAUGGGCAACGACAAACCGUGUGUCAAUGAUCAAGCAUGUCCUGAUGGAAACAAACGUUCUUCUGUCGAUGAUCAAGAUGAUUUGGUUUAUUCUGCCGAAAAUGAAUCUUCUCUCAGCGAAGAGGCUUCACGAGACGAAGGAUCUGAUUUCGAUCAUCUUGCUGAUGAGAAUUCGGAGGAUAAUGACUCGACCGAGUUGCAAGGAUCAGAAUCUCACCUGAUGGAAGAGUCGACCAACCCCUCGCAGUCCCUCGGAGGCUUGGUCGAUUCAAAAGGAUCAGGCCAGUCUGAAAUUAUUACUGAUCAAGCCGAAGUACAUGAAAAUCACGAUCAGCAAAGCGCAACUAUUACCUGUUCUUGGACCCCAGGCGCUCUUUUGACCAAGGCGAUCCUCCAAGAUGUCCUGAGGAAGCACGACAUUGCCUUCAAAUCGAAAGACAAUAAGCAAACGCUAGUUGACCACUACGAACAACUGAUGUCUUCCCAAGCUCAGGCCGUUAGUGAGAUACAGCACACUCAGCUUGUAGAACUACCUCCGACAGCUCCCAAUCAUCUUCCUACCAACAGUACGCCUUCUUGCGCACCCAAACCCCCGCAAGAUUUACCACCAGCAGUUGAAUCCACUUUCGACCAGUUUUCACCUGAAGAACUAAGAGAAAUGUUAGAUCCCUUUCCCCUGAAGACCUCUAGCUUGUCGAAAAAAGCUUUGGUUCUGCUCUGCGAAGCUCAUGUCAACAUUGAUCAGCCUAUGCAACUUCGACGUGGCUCUCGACAUUCGGGCACCGAUGCCACCUCUGAUCCCGGUGGUCAAAUACCUAUGGAGAUAGAUUCAUGCAACUCGGACAUGGAAGAAUCACAUCCAACAAGGGAGAUAGAAACAUGCAACUCGGAUAUGGAAGACUCACAUCCAACAACUGCCUACAACCCUCCUCGAUUGGACUUAGAGAAUGGCUCGCUCAAUUCUGUUUCCAUCAGCUCACCGCCGCAAAAUAGUGACAGCACAUUCCAAACGCAGGACAUCCCUCAAUAUUUCAAAGUCCUAGUUGAUUCGCAAGCCAAAACCAACCAACUCCUCGCUGUUCAAAUAUCGAAUUCUGAGCGUUUCAAUCAGGCCGUGUUAUCAAGGCUCGACAAUUUGACACCUCGAAUGGACCAAAUAAUCGAGUCGGCUGCCACUAACAGCGGUAAUGGCCAUAUCCCAUCUACAAGUUCAGGCUUGCGCACGGCUACUACUCGCGAAAAUGUUCAAGCAACUCCUUCAGGCGGCCGUUUUGCUGAAUUAAUUAGAAUACAUGUUGCCACGUUGUUGGGGCUUCGGCCUAGAGAACCGAUUCCACCCCCUGCCACUGAAGCCGAGAGAGCUCAAUGGAUUAGCCAGCCCGACGAGAAUAUAGACGAUCGUGCAGACGACAAUAACCCCUCUGACACUGACAUGAGUGAUCUCAAUGCCCUUAUCCUAAUGGCCCGGGACAUGCCGACGCCUCUUCUCAAACACUCAAAUUCAUCAAAGGAGAAAUGGAUCGUUUUGGGAUAUCGUCAUUUCUACCGGACUUCGCCAAAUCGUGAUGUACGGUUGUCCAACAAUCACAUCAAGAAUGAAGCAUCAUGUGAAGGAUACAUGGCAGAGGACUUGCGUCGGGUUCGAUGCAAUGCCAUUGUGCACAUACCCGAGUUGAAGGGUUUGCUCCCAAUAAUAGAGCAAUGUUGCAGCAAGGAUGAAUCCGAUCAAUCAGACGCAAUGUCUAUCAAUUCUGAUACAUCCUCUAGCGAAUGCGAAUCCGACGUUAUGGACAUUGACAAUUCGGCCACCCCGGGCCGGUGCUCAUCGACCUCCACAUCAAGAAAAGCUGUAUUCAACAACGCCAAUCCAAAGCGCUCCGUUGUGCGCAAGUUCAUAUGGCGUAAUCCUGCGGUCGAUGAUCUUAUGAUCUUGCUUGAUGAGUGGAGACUUCAAAAAAGUCAAUCCACUCCCAAGAAACGUACUGGUCCCAUUCCAACCAUCCGCAAGAGACCCACUUUUCCUUUGAUUAGUUAUACUAAACCCUCUCCUUGCCUACCGUAUGAUGUCUAUGAUCCUGAAUGGCUGAGCGCCCUCCCGGACGUGGAAAAAAGUGACUUGGAUGCACGUCCCGAACCUGCUGUCCAAUUUUAUGCUUCUAUUUUGCACAAGUAUCGCCAGAGACAACGGUGA